AUGUCGACUUCUCUUGGAGUGCGAAAUCUCACAUCGGCACCGCUUUCCAUUAAACGGAUCGAGCAGUUCCAAGACCCCAAUACGGCACAAAGUAAACCUAGUGGGUACUUAUUCCGCUCGAGAAACAUUACAUCCGCAAUUCCAUCAGCACCCAAGCUGGGAGAACAUGCUGGGAGCUUCAAACGUCUUGAUGUGAGCAUAACGCUGGCACCUUACGAGUCACAUACUAUAGAUCAGCAAGAUUCACUUAAGAACGAUGGCGAUGAAUUGCCAGCAGCCAAAAUCACGCUGCGUCUUACCAUUGAGGAUGCUAAAGGCUCCCGACAUCGUAUUGAUACUCACCCUUCAUACACCCAAAAUAUACCAGGCACACAUAACUCGCACGCACACUACCGUGCUCUCCCCUCCGUCCGCUGUCAAGUGGCCGACAUUGAGACGCAACUCGAUCAAGGUAUCCGCUUCCUAGACAUACGCCUCCAGCCCGUCCAUGCCACAGACCCAACCAAGAAAGAUCUCUUCCUCGUACACGCGCGAGGGCGUCGGCUCCGCCACAUGACCAGCACCUCGCCCACAUCCUCGCGGAGCACUACAUCGGCCCCAACGCCUCGCAGUGGUAUACAUCACCUACUAUCCCCUACCUCGGCGCCGUCCGCAGCAAACUCGUCCUCGUCAGACGCUACGCCUCGCCCACACCCACCUACGGCCUGGACGCCACCCCCUGGCCGCACAAUUCCUCACACGCCCUUCUUCCCCAAACCCCAACCCUGUCUUCUGCCUCCAAGAUCUUCUGCGAAGUCAUGCAGCCCACCAGCAUCCCCCGAGAAAAUCCAACACGUCAACGCGCACCUUGUGCGCGCGGCGGCGUGUCAACAUCAUAUUCCGGGCGUCACGACAGAUAGGACAAAUCCUGUGCCGCCGGGCCCGCUGUAUUUGAAUUUUCUCUCCGCGAGCAAUUUUUGGAAUAGGGGGUGUUGGCCAGGGGUUAUCGCGGGGAGGGUGAAUAAGGGCAUGGAGGAGUGGUUGUGUGGGGGGCAUGCUUUGGGGGAUGAGAUGGCUGGAGUGAGGAGGAAGGGAGAUGGGGAUGCGGGGACGGGGGUUGUGGUUAUGGAUUUUGUGGGCGAGGGAGGGGAUUGGGAUAUGGUGCGGUUGGUGGUGGGCAUGAAUAUGGGGGUUUUGAUGAAAGUUGAUGGAACGAGUUGA